UCGUUACCAGCGGUCAUACGCAAGCCACGCAUGUUCACAUUCAAGCAUAAACAAUAUGGCGAGAUUUAGUGUUGCUUGUUGCCUUCUUCAAUUUAAACGGCAUUUUUCUCGUUUGACUGAGGUUGGACGGUUUCAGGUGCCCAAAUCACAAGGAACAUAUGAAGCUGGCCAGCUGUUUCUGCACAAGAUAUUUGGCUAUCGAGGUGUCCUGUUGUUUCCAUGGGUGGCAAGACUGUAUGACAGGGACAGAGAAGCCAUUGAAAAUGAAAAAGAUUUUGAAGAAACUCCAAGUAACAUUAAUAACAUUAGUAAAGAAUUGAAACCAGAAUCCAAGACUUACUAUCAGGCCUUGAUUGACACUAGAGAUUCUCCAUUCAUUCGUGCUCAGCCUGAGAUAGUGACAUUCCUUGGACAUGAAUCAGAUAAUGCAUUAUAUACCAUCCCAGGUCUAGACUAUGUGUCUCAUGAUGAUGUCUUACCAUACAUAAUCGGCGACCCGUUCUCAAAACCAAUUAAUCAUGAAUUGUUUAAUAAAUUCCUUACUCCAGAACCAGGAAGAGUUCCACCAUUCACCUGUAAAGAUGCUCUGCAAGUCUGGCAGGAAAAAAACUACAAAUGGUUAGAACUGACAGAUGUUCACAGAGAAACAACCAAUAAUGUCAGGGUGACUGUUAUGCCUUUCUUUAUGGGAGUUAAAAAUGUUCAGCCCACACCAAGCUAUUGGUGGCGUUACAGUAUUCGCCUAGAGAAUCUUAGUCCAGAAACUGUUCAACUCAGAGAAAGACAUUGGAGGAUAUUUAGUUUAUCUGGUACAUUAGAAACUGUGAGAGGUAGAGGAGUUGUAGGGCAGGAGCCAGUUUUAUCAUCACAACAACCUGCAUUCCAGUAUAGUAGUCAUGUAUCCCUCCAGGCAUCUAGUGGACAUAUGUGGGGAACAUUCCGGAUGGAGCGUCCAGAUGGUAGUACAUUUGAUAUUAGGAUUCCUCCUUUCUCUCUUGAAAGCAAAGAAGAAGAAACAUCUCCUGUCAUAUAAGUUCUUAAUGAUGUUCAUAAUAGAUUAAUAUGGAUUAAUGGACUCAAAAGGAGAAAUGUGUUGCAAGUGUACUGCCGCAUCUGAUAUGCAGUAAAUCAGCCAUUACCCAAGAUACGGUGAAGACACACAAGCAAGUGCUGACAAAUUGGCUAAUUGCAUCAGCAUCUUAUUUGAUAACACGUUUUGGCACAGGACAUCUCUUUAACUUUAACAUUUUUAUUUUUAUUUGUCAAUUUUCGGUGUUUUGUUAAUUUUAAAAGCUAGUAUUACCUCUUUUAUGAUAAGACAUUUAUAUCAAUUCUUUUAUAUAUGUUUGGCCUACUAAAUCAGUGUAAAUAUGUUCUACUAUUAAAGCUGGUUUUUACAAUGUA